GUAUAAUUAUAACUGUUGACGUUUAACGCCUACGUAACGAAGCUCAUACCUAUCUAGUAAUGUGUCCUAGCCAAGGUUCAACUAUUGUACGAUCGAGUUCGAUUUUGUUUGUUGAAUUGGGCCGGCUGGAGCAAGGAGGCUGGAUGCGUGCGCACUAGAAUCCCGUGCAGACGGUAAACGAGCACGGCAGUCGGCAUGAGGCGCGCGCGGAGUGUCACUGGGCCCUUAAGGCGCGCCCACCCCGCUUCGGGGGCGACCUGGAAUGUCCAGGUCGUGCGGGGUAAAAUGAGUUCACAGUGUUUGUGGCAUGCAUGUCGAGCGCUCAGUGCCGGCCUGUUACUAAUGCUCCUUGGCGCUGCAAUGGCUGUUAUAGGUUACUACGCGGACACGCUGUCAGUGGCUGAGGAAGUACGAGGCAAUGCAACGAUUUCAGUUAAAGACGAAGCGCGUGGAUUUCAUCUCAAUAAUUUAUCUUACGCCGGGCCUAUCGUGAUGGGCUUUGGAGGAUUUAUAGUUGUGGCAGCCUGCGUUAUGACCUUCGAAGCCCGAGACAGUGCAGCAAAAGUGACACCAGCUCGCCCACAGACAUUGCCACGGCCUCUGCCUCGAAGAGGUCCUUGUGCUGCACCUGCACGCCUCGACCAGCUCGGUGUAUACCGUCUGCCCCAUGUGCUGCCGUUGCCACACGCACUGCCGCUCGCGCCCCCACAUCGCAUCAGACCACCACACGUUUGUCACAGAGUUGGCGGAGUGAAAACAAAAGAACGUGCGCGGUUUGGCUCCGCACCGGACUUGCGGAUCGGUAGCACGCGUGCUACGCUACCCGUCACGGCGCUACGACGGCCACUACGUCGCUACGCGCUAUCAGUAGAUGAACCACCACAUUCGGCAGUCAGCGCAAGUGCAGCAGAGUCAGAAUGUGGUUCGCAGUCGUCUCUUGCAUUGGACCUACACGCAAGCGGCGCAUGCGCAGGUGUUACGUUGCGAGUGCGUGACAACACACGACGACGCCCACUCGCGCGACAACAGAGGCUCGUAGAAGACUUACAUCCUCCAGUCGAAAGCAUCAGUAUAAUUGGCAACAUAGAAGAAUCUCCACCGAAAAACAACGAAAAGCAGAGCUGCGAGACUGUUGAAAUGGUUCAUCUAACCGUAGAACAAGAGGCGCGUGCGCGAAGUGCUCCUCCUCCCUCCCAUACUUCACCUCCGGUGUCACCUCAAAUUGUAAUAUCACCUCCACUAUCACCUUCACUUCAAAAAGAAACCAAUAUUCUUAUAGAAAAACCUGACAAUGACAGCUUCGAACAAUCUCCACCACCGGACGAAUGAAUAACGAAUGUAUAAUUGAGUCUCAAAUCUCUGAGACUGAACAUUUGAUGAUUUCAGAAAACCCUUUGUAAACAUUUUACAAAAAUUUACAGUUUAUCUUUAUAAAUUGUAUUUGUGUAUAUUUUAUAACGAAUUGGUAUUGUUUAUUGUUACUAAAAUUAUUGCUAUUGUUUACUAUAAAAUAUAUGAAAACGAUCGGUGCGUAUUAGUAGACACAGUAUUAUCUUACAAGGUACGUCCGUAUAAAAAUGUCUCUCAUAAACUACGGUUCAGUAUAAAAGCAGAAAAUCAAAAUAAUUAGAUUCAACCAUUAACGCUUUUCUCUAGAACUUUACAACCCCUUAAGAUAAAA